GCAAGCCUCCACAAUACACUCAAAAACACGCCCAUCCCCCUUAUUUCCGUUUCCCUCUCUUAUCUAUCUCUCUCUCUCUAGACUCUAUUUGUCAACCAGCUCUGCUCCAAGUCUUCUCUCUCUACAAUUCACUGAAAAUUAGGGCAAAUAUAUAUCAUUCGAUUCGUAUACUCUCGUGGUUUUUGCUAAUUCUGGAAAGGAAGUUCCAACUUAGCCCUGGAUCGGUCCGUUGAUGGCAUUUCUCUGAAUUUCUGAGUUUCCAAUUCUCUCAUGGACUCGAUCUGGAGUCACGAUAGCGUUCCAAGCGCUUCGCAUUUCAUCGUCGCCAUAUACUUCGCAUUCUUUUUUGUUGCUGCGAGGUUCUUGCUUGAUAGAUUCAUCUUUCGUAGGUUGGCCGUUUUCUUGUUGAGUGGUGGAGCCCUUCCAUUGAAGAUUAAUAAGGAUACACAGGCAAAGCUUGUAAAAUGUGUGGAGUCUAUGUGGAAGCUAACGUAUUAUGCCAUUGUUGAAGCAUGCAUUUUGACAUUUAUCUACCACGAGCCAUGGUUCAGAGAUAUCAAAGAGCAUUUUAGAGGCUGGCCAAAUCAAGAUUUGACGCCUCCCGUAAGGCUAUACUACAUUUGUCAAUGUGGAUUCUAUGCAUACAGCAUUGUUGCCCUCCUCAUGUGGGAAACUCGAAGGAAGGAUUUCUCUGUAAUGAUGUCUCAUCAUGUAAUCACUGUUUUCCUGAUUGGCUAUUCAUACAUUUCAAGAUUCUUCCGUAUUGGUUCGGUUAUCCUUGCACUGCAUGAUGGAAGUGAUGUUUUUAUGGAAGCUGCUAAAGUUUUCAAAUAUUCUGAGAAGGAGCUUGGAGCAAGUGUGUGCUUUGGACUGUUUGCUAUUUCAUGGCUUAUACUAAGGCUAAUAAUUUUUCCGUUUUGGAUAAUAAGAUCCACAAGCUACUAUAUGCGUGACUUCUUGAGGCUGUCAGAAGUGUAUCCCAUGAUAAUAUACUAUGUUUUCAAUACGAUGCUAUUGACCCUGCUUGUUUUCCACAUAUAUUGGUGGAUUCUCAUAUGCUCAAUGAUCAAGAGACAGCUGCAAAAUAGAGGACAAGUUGGAGAAGAUAUACGAUCUGAUUCGGAGGAUGAUGAUGACUAGAUCGAAGAUUCAGCUCAAAUAAUUUUCUUCUUGUAAUAUGUAAGCCCCGGGAAGAUCUUUUUGGCCUUAUUUUGUAGGCUUGUGAGCUCAAAGUUUUGUUCUCAUUGGCGGUGUUAAUCCUGGUAAGAUUUCUCUCUCGGAUAGAAAAAGGAGGUAGGACCGUAUAGUAUUCCCCUUCGUGAUUACUUUAGUGUAUAAAAGAAAUAGGUUCUUGUUGUAUAAUUGAUUUCUCGACGAUCCAUUGUUCUUUUGGGGGUAACAGAUGAUACUUCAUUUUGGGUAAACAGAUGAUCCUUGUAGGAAAAUGAAUGGAGCAAACUAUAGUUACUCAUUUUUUUUUUCCUGCCUUAUCUAUUCAAAAUAGUUGGGAUAAGAUUUAUUUAUUUUUGUUA